AUGCUUCUGGUGUUGAUCGCCUUGUUGACCGUGCCAUGCCUGCAGAUUGAACUCGGCCAAAGUCCUCGGAAAUCCCUGAUUCCGACUGAAAGACCCGUCCGCGAGGAUGUCAAUAUCGCCGUUGUUUAUCAGGUAUCGUGGAUUUGAUAAAGAUUUAUAGCACGUUCAGGCUAAUAUUCGGAAGAUAGAUGCUAUUUUGAAAAAUAGCCUUUGUAAAAGUUUGGUCAUAAGUUUUUUCGAAAGGAAAAUAUUUUUCGAUAUUUUAAAUCAAUACGGAAAUAAUGCUUUUAUUGAUUCUAACGGAAGCGAGAAGUUUUAUUAUGAAGGUUGAAAAAAGGCUCGAUAGAAAUGUUCCUUUAGGGUGGCAGAGGUUUCUUUUUUGCUGCCUUUUUGUGCCAGUUCAUCGGCUCUUAUGCACCAUUUUUUCUGCCUCUCCUAUUUUCCACCAUUUCUUGAGCUUUUAGAAUCCCAAAAAAAAUUGAAGGCUCGAUCUUUUUGCUGCCAUUUGCUGCCUUUCUGCGGCUUUUCUCGAGCCCCUCCCUUUUAGCGGCCAAUAUCCACCAUUCGGACCUUGCCCGAGAAUAUUGAUCAUCAAUUAUUUUCAACAAGGGCUUCAUCUGCGUUUUUCAGCACUACGCUGGGAGGUCCAAGUCGUACGACAAAGCUUUCAAGGAAGUCAUUCGGAAGAUCAACGACGCCACGGCUGUUUCGUUAGCUUUAUCGCCAAGAAAAAAUAAAACAAAAAUUCUAGGUCCCUGAGAAGACUGGCUCAGCGCUACACGUUCAGCGCCGUCGACUGCAUCCUUCCCACCGGCGCUUUUUUUGUCCGUGAAGUGCUCGACUGUCUUUGCAACAACAUCACUACCAAUAAUGUGGGGCUUCCGAGAAAUAACACUGCUUCCGUGUCAACUCACUAAGAAUGACUGCCGAGAUGAAAGCGAUGUCGGUGGCGGUACAUUGUCUUCGCGUCGAUCUCGCAUUUUUCUCGGCUCGAUUUGUUAAAAAAUUUUAAAGCUUUUUUUUAGCUCGUGAGAAAAACGGAAGUUGCGAUGUUGCGGCAAGAAAAAGCGAAAGAAAUUUUUGAGAUAUUUGUAAAACAAGCUUCGGAAUGUUCAGUGAGGAAAACUUGAUUUUAAAAAACUUUAUCAGGUUACGAGAAACAGGUUUGAUGUGUUCAUGAUCCAGGUAGCCCUCAUCAUUUUCGUCACGGCUUCUGAGACUUACGACCAGACGACAGCCGCUGAACAGUAUUUUCUGACCGCCGCUAGUUACACUGGGAUCCCGAUCAUCGCCUGGAACGCCGACAACGCCGGGUUCACUUUCGAGAAGGUACAAGAGUCGGAGUGACAAAGAAAGUGUUCGAGGUGAACAUCGGCAGAUCUGUUCCAAGCUUCUGUGAAAACAAGGGGCUUAACUAUUUUGAGCCUUACUCAAUGCAAAAAAUAACGUUCAACUUACUCUUCAGGACCUCAGCCCUUACCGCAUCAUCCAAAUGGCUCCUCCUAUCGAGCAUCAGAUUAGGUUUCAUUUUUUUCUUAAUUCUCGAAUGUUCUCAAAUUUACAGAGCAAUGAUUGCUCUUCUGCAACGGUACAACUGGCCCAAAUUUGGUGUUGUGACGUCACGAAUGGCCGGAAGCGAGGAAUUCGUCCAGGCCGUCAAGGAUCAACUAGAAGGCGUCGCUAAUAAAUCUGCCAAGUGAGGAUUCAGAAAACAAGUCAAACUACAGAAAUUUUUUUUACUGCUUUAACCAAUUUUUGAGACUUUUUAAAAAUUUUUUAUAAGCAAGGAAUUUCCAAAUUUUCUUCAAUUUUCUAUAUUUUGAGGUACGAAAUGAUAUACCACUGCCGUAUCGACACGAAAAACGAGACAGAAAUCGAUAACAAAUUGGCUGAAUUGAAGAAAAAUCAAGCCAAAAUUAUUCUACUCUACGCGAAUGCAGCCCAGGCUAUCACUAUUUUCGCGGUUUUUUAUCGAAAUUAAAUUAUCCGAUUUCAAAGAAAACCCAAUCAGAACGCGGAGAAACACGAACUUCUCGGGGAGAACUAUCUCUGGAUCGGCUCUCAAUCCGUCAAAGGAACUCAAAAUAUCGUCAAAGGGGCCGCUCAACCCGGCAUGCUUUGUGUCAACUUUCAUACUGGUCAUUUUUUUUUCAUAUCUUCUUUUUUUUUAAGUUUUUACAAAUCUAAUAAUUAACUCACUUCGAAAAAAACCUAGAUAACAAUUUUCCGCUUCAAGACCUUCAUGAAUUUCGCAUAUGUUCCUUUAACCACCUCAACGAGGAUUUUUGAACAUUUCAUUGAAAGAAAAGUAUGGCUUUGGGGGGCUUUUUGCAUUCAAUAUCACCGACAUAGUGGUAGCUGAUAUAUUCCAGAAAAUUACUUGGGAGUUUCACAUGAAAUGAGGGAAGAAUUACAGUAUCCAACGCAAUGUUCGCUCCAAGGGACGACAUCCUACCGUUGAUCAUUCAGUUGGCUCCCAAGGUUUGAAAAUGAUGUACGAAAUCUUCUGAGAGCUUUUCUAAACAAUGUAAUUCCAAAAAAGAUCAAUUUUUUUCAUUCUACGUGACGCCGAAGAAAAAAGAAGAAAAAAAGUAUUUUUUAUACAAGUUAAACAAUAACUUUUUUUUUGAAAUUUUACUUGUAGGAAAAUAAACGAAAUACUUGUGUUAAGAAGAUAGUUCAAGGUGAAGAACGAAGGCUAGGAAAAGGUGUUCCGAACUCACCAACAAGGAAGAUCAUUUCAGUUUUUGGUUGACGCUUUUCUGGAAAUUGAUCUGGUAUGAGCCUUCUGACCAGUGUUCAGGUUAUCAACCGUAAAGUGAAAUUACCUUCCUACUACUGUACCUUCAAAAGAAGUUCGCUUAAUUGAGUUGUUCGGAGCGGCGUUGCUCCAACUGCGAGCCAACGAAUCGUUUCCGUUGCGGUCAACGGCCGCCUGUAAAUCCGACGACGGACCGCCCAUCUGGGACAACGGCGCCGUUCUCUAUGAGUCAGUUGGUCUCUAGUUGAACUCACUGUUUUGAAACAAAAUAACAGAGAUCCAAAGAGGAGUCAAUAUAGUAGGGCUGUGUGAGAUAGAAAAAGUAUCCUUGGUUUCUUCAAUUUUGAAUAUUUUUUGAAAUAUCUGUUGAAGAAGCCAAAAGGUUCCUCUUUCUAAUUUCUCUGAUUCAUACCGUGGUUCGACAUCCAUGGUCGCAGGUUGUAUGACCUAAAGCCUAAAUGCUUCAGACCAAAAACGGCUUACGUUUGGCCAACAAAAAUGAGGUUUUCAUUUAUCUACCUUUCAUAGGUUGUCAUAUGAUUUCCUGCUCCAAUUCUGAAUUUUUUUUUUCCAAUAACUUCUCCAAUCAGUGCGAGGAAAUUUAUAGACACAUGAAGACGGCUUUCGUGAAAGGGAAUCCGUUCCACGUCGACGACGGCCAUGAUUCUUUCUUCUACACCUUCGAUAAAAAUGGAAGAUUGAAAAACUCCGUUCUUCAAAUUUCCAACCUACGGACCAAUUCCAAAGGAGAGAAACACUGGGAAAAGGUUGGUCAUCUCGCCGUCGGUCCUGUGGUGUAGUGGUUAUCACGUCUGCUUCACACGCAGAAGGUCGCCGGUUCGAUCCCGGCCAGGACCUUUUUGCCUUUUUUUUUCAAGUUUGCAAUGUGGUGGUUUUGAGGUUGGGAUCUUUACCAACAACGAGUUGAAAAUGGCCGAUGUGCAAUGGCCUGGCGAACGAGCGAAUCCGCCACAAGGAACUGCUGAUAAGUUUCAUGUCAAGGUGACGAGAAGACUGAUAGAGUUAUUUAUAGUUUAGAGCCGGGAAAAUGAUUUAGCACCCAAUAAAAUGUAUUUGAUGAACUGUUAACUUCGGUCAAGAUUCGAAGGAUCAGAGAUUUUUCAUGAAAGUGGUCUGGAAACUAUUGUCUUUUUUAAAAAUCCGUGCGACAAGCUAGAGGUGUUUCAUUUCCAGAAUAAAGAAAUUUUGAACGUUUUCGAAAUUUUUUUCUGCCUCCAUUUUCUCUUGACCUUUCCCCCAAUAAAUGCAAGAUGAAGAGUUGGACAAAAUGAAUAUCAGAUUUGAGGUCGUCACAUUACACGAACCGCCCUUCAUCACCGUUUCCGACGUGGAUCCCGACACUCAAACUUGUCCGGGGAACCAGGUGAGGUUAGGAAGUCGUGAAAGAUUGAAGAAUACAGAGAAAUCACUUUACAAAAAAUUUAAUUUAAAAAGGCCCAAAAACGCGAAUCGACCUGCUCGGGCCUCCGUAACAGAAACCGGACGUUUUCGAGCACUUCUAGGGUCCACUUAAAAGUUUUGACGCUACUAAAGGGGUCACUAGAAAUGCUCCGCCUCGGGUUACCAAGGUUCGAGAGGUUAGGAAAACUUUUUCUUGUUGUCCAUGGAGCGCAUAAGCUAUUUUUCCCGUAGUUCAUUUUGUUCCUUGUUUUUUUCACAUUUUGAUACAAUCCGAUUUCAAUGGAAAAACCACUAGAAAGAUCCCAAGUUAAUUUUUCUGAUAACGGAGCGAACCUUCCGCAGUUUUCCUUUUUUUUUCUUCUCACCUUCAAAUCCCCACAAAAAAAUAGCAUAACUUCCUUAGGGCUCGAUUUGCGACUGGGGAGACGAAGAGUACGAGCCGGAGCCUGGGAUCAAAAAGUCAAGCAAAAACUGAAGAUUUGAACUAAAUAAUUUUGGAUUUUCUCAGGAACCGAACACUCUGGAAGUGUUGCUCAGGUUAUUGUGUCGAUCUACUGAAUAAAUUGGCCGGAGACAUCGGCUUCACUUACACUCUGUACAAGGUCCGGGAUGAGAAAUGGGGAUUGAAAACGGUGAAGAAAAAGAAUUAUUGAAUAAUUGGAUGGGAGUAACAGGAAAACGGUUGGAAUGGAUUGAUUGCGGAUCUAACCAAUAACAAGGCAGACAUGUGUGUCACGUCUUUGAAGGUCUAAUUUUCCUGAAAAUUCAAAAAAAGAAAGUUUUUGACUUUCAGUUGAACUCGGAAAGAGCUCGUGAUAUCGAUUUUUCCCUGCCUUUUCUGGACACCGGCAUAUCGAUUAUUGUGAAAAUCCGCAGCGGAGUUCUCAGUCCAACGGCUUUUUUAGGUAUUUAAGUAUAAAAAGGAAAAGUUGUGAGACAAUAAAAGUUCAUUUUGGAAUAAAAAAUCUAAAUGAGAAAGGGGGGAAUCAAAGGAAGUUUGUUCAGUUGGAACAUGAAAAAGUUGAACGAAUUUUACUUUAGUAAAGUAUCCUGUAAACCAAAUCCAAGCCCCUUUGGGUUUUUUCUUUGAAACCCUUGAAAGGCUUUGUCGAAGUUAUCGGAAAAGGGCCAAAAAAUUGUGCAUUUCUAUAAAGUUUUGCCGAAGUUCUCACUCGAUGAUGGUCGAUUGGCCCUGAAAGUCAAAAAAAACGGUCUCAAUUUUUUUUUCACAGAUUCAUCUUGUCUAUGAGUCUGCUUUGGGUUAUAUCAAUUUCAUGCCUUUGUUCUAUAAGCUUCUGAAUUUAAUCUAGAAUAGGUCUGAAUGCUGCUCGUUAAGGCACCAUUUGAGCGUUUCAGUGUCCAAUGAAUCAUUGGCAAUUUUAUCUCAUAUCCCAAUCUAGGGACCGCAGACGAAUUUUCAAAAAAUUUUUUUCAGCAUUGAGUUUUGUAUGGUUUGAUAGCUGUUUCGAUUUAAAACUCAGAACCGUUUAGUUUUUCAAAAAAGAUUGAGGAUGAAAAAAGUUAUGACGAAAAAUGUGGCGCGCCGCGCACCAUUUUUUUAGUACUGAAAUUUUGGUAUUAUCCAUUUUUGACAUUUUUCUCGAUUUUUCUUCUAAACAAGUUUUGAUACUGGUUUAUUAUGAUGUAACAAAUCAUAAUGGAGUGCUAAAAUAAUUGAAAUUUGCUAGUUUGCCGAAAAAGUCGGUAUUUUCCAGAAAACAAAAAAACUGACGCUUGCGGGCAUCGAACUCGCGACCUCAAAAUGAAUGUUCGCAGCGCACGCGCUGCGCCAAGCUGUCAGGUCUUGCAAGGGGAGCCUCCAUCCGCCAUACCCUUGAGCCAUUUAAAUAGCACAGAUUGCCUAUUUCAAAAAAAUAAAAAAACUUGAAGUAAUUCAGCUAUUUUUUUAUCAGAAUAUGUUCGCAAAUCUUCACUCAAACUUUCCGUGAAAAUUCACUUCGAAAAAAAACUGUUUUUUUAGUGCUUUUUUUCCUCGUUUAACGAUCGCUGCCUUAAAAACAGCCCCGUAAAAUUUUUUUGGCAAAGACGAAUUUUUUUAUUUUAUUCUUUUUAAUUGAAAGAUUUUUUUACUAAUAAAUGUAUAUAAUCGUUUGAAAAAAACCUGCGUUCGAUCGCUUUCUGUGUGAUAAACGCCGCUAAUUUUUAUUCUCUAGUUUCAAGAGCAUUUUUUUGCGUAUUAAACAACUAUUUCAAGCACAGAUGCUGUGGAGAAAUAUUUAAGUAAGCCCAUGGUCUAAAUUUUUGAAAAAAAACUCGAUUAUAUUCGCUUAUUAACGAUAUUUUGAAUUAUGACUUUCGGCACUCCCUAAAAAUUUUUUUGGCAAAGACGAAUUUUUUUAUUUUUAUUUUUUUAAAAAUUAUCUUUACUUGAAUCAAAAAUCAAUAUUUCAAAAAAAGAAAGAGUGCGUUCGACCUGAAAACACAUGAAAAAAAGCAAAAAAUGACAAAUUUUUUUAGUUCCAUUCACGUUUUUGUACGACAUUCCGCGAGAACGCAUCAAAAAAGCGUGAAAUAUUUUUUAAACGAAAGAGGAAGCUUUUCUGUACAUGUGUGUCAAAAUUUAUUAUCCAGUUCUACAUAUUUUGCCACUACAACAAAAUGAAAGUUGAAAACCAAAAAAAAGCCACUUUUUCUAUCGCGAAAAGGGGCGUGGCUUUGCGGUCCCUAUCCCAAUCAUUCGUUUUCAAUGGAGAUCUCAAUUAUCGAUUCCGCACUUCAGAACCUUUCGAAUACUCGACAUGGGUCGUUAUUUUAUUCGUUUGUAUCCACGUGGCCGCCAUCUCGAUUUUCGUUUUUGAAUGGGUCUCGCCUUAUUCUUUCAACAUGCAGAAGUACCCGCCGCCAGGUGAAGCCAUUUCUGCAAACGGAACACGAAAAACGGACUUUGAUUUUGAAAAAAGGAAAACUUUUUUAAACCUUCAAAUAGGCUUUUUUUGAAUCAAAAAAGCUAGUUGCCCUUUGAUUAUGUCAUGAAUUGAAUGAAAAUUUUGGUAAAUAAAAGUUUCAUUUGCAGUUUUCCAUUCGAUCCUUGAGAUGAAGUCGAAACUGAAUUUGGAAAACUUUUGUCUCUCUUUGAACUCAGAGUUUGCAAAAAGAAGAUUCUCAUUAUCUGCUCACGCAAAUAAGAGAAAAAAGAUAAAAAAGUCGAGAACCUUUUCUACGGUUUCAAGCCAAGCCUAAACUUCAACAUAUUUAAAUGUGCUCAUCUCACUUCUAAUGUUGUGUAGCAACCUGUUCAGACCACAAGUUCUCCUUAUUCCGAUCCUACUGGCUCGUCUGGGCGACUCUAUUCAGUGCCAGCGUCACCACUGGUUUUUUGUUCCCAUCUGAAUCUAUUCCCCGAAGUUAUUUGCAGACGUCCCGAAAUCGACAGUUUCCCGGCUGAUGGCCUUGGUUUGGGCCGCGUUCGGACUGACUUUUCUGGCGGUUUAUACGGCCAACUUGGCGGCUUUUAUGAUCACCCGUGUGCAGUUCUACGAUCUCAGUGGGAUCCAUGAUCCGAUGGUAGAAAAUUUGAUUUUUAGCAAGCCUUCGGAAAGGUACGGACUAGGUUGUCCAAAAAGUUCUUGCGGUUUUUUUUCCGACUUCAAACGAUUUUUAUUCAGAUGAAAAAGUUUCCGAAACUACGAAAAAUUUAAUUAACUCGGUUUGAAAUUAAACGGCUACACUACAAAACUAAAUCAGACCAGAUUCUUUGAAAAAAUUUUAAUCUUCACUAAGCCAGCUUAAAAUUUCGUAAAAAAAUCUUUUUCAAGUAGUUUUCUGAUGAAAAUAUUCCCUAAUGGUAGAUUACCAUAAAAUAAAUCGCUUUAGCUUAAAAGUGAGAUCUAAAGGAUUCCUACAAGGGUAUUUUUCCGGAAGAAAGACAAAAAAGGGGUUUAUUUUUAAUCGUACCUCUAUUUGGUUCAGCUCACCUAUCCGCAAGAUCAAAAGCCGCCAUUCCGAUUUGGCACCGUCGAUGGCGGCAACACCCACGAAACGAUGAAGCGCAACUGGCAGAAGUUGUCACUUUAGGGAUGUUCUGAACACUUUCAAUCUUUCAGUAUGCAUGAGUACGUGAAAAAGAAUAAAUUCUUUCGGAUGAAUAUUUCCGCUGGAGUCGACGCCGUCAAAAAUGAGUUUUUCAUCAAUUCAUCGCGAAAUUUCUUCAUUUUCCUUUUUAGAGAGCUUGACGCCUUCAUUUACGAUGCUGUUGUUCUGGAUUAUUGGGCGGGAAAAGACGCCAACUGCGCUCUGAUGACUGUGAGUUUCCCCUAGAGGGAUUUGGCUCAUUCAAGUUCGUCUCUGAGGUCGGGAAAUGGGCCAGUAUGACGGGUUACGGUAUCGGCUUUCCGAAGAACUCACCGUACACUUCCGUCGUCAAUCAGUACAUGCUACAGUAUCAGCAGAAAGGUUUUAGUAGAUGAGGAGUGAACUUUUCUUGGAAUCUCACAACGAAAUUCAAAAAGAAAAAGAAAUCAAUGUUUGAUCUUCAAAAUCUUUAAAGUAUAAUACGUACCAAUCUCAAGAAUUUUUCUCUCUCAUGCUUCUAUCAGCUUCCAGGAGACCUCGAACGCCUCCAGAACUUCUGGCUGACUGGCGCCUGUUCUCCUGACAGCCACAGUCAAACUCAUUCGGCGCCUCUAGGAAUCGAGAAUUUCCUCUCGGCUUUCGUUCUUCUGGCUGGUGGAAGUGUUCGUUUCUCACAUGGAACUUUAUUCAAACUUGGUGUAACGUUUUUAAAAAUGCUCAUUGUCUAA